UGUGGCGGACCUCAGUUGUGUCUCGACCAGUGUACGUGGAGGUUGUGUACGUCUUGCUAAGGUUUUGCAGAAAUGGCGCUCGACACGGGAAUGAAGUGUAUUAAGUAUCUCCUCUUCAUCUUCAAUCUCCUGUUUGUGAUCAGCGGGUUUGCUGUGAUCAUUGUGGGCGCUGUGAUCGAGGCCAACUACAGGACUUACCUGGACUUCAUCUCGUCCAGCUAUGUGUCCGCCUCGUCCAUCCUCAUUGCUGUGGGCGUCCUCAUCUUCGUGGUGGGGUUCUUUGGCUGCUGCGGCGCCGUCAAGGAGAACCACUGCAUGGUCGUCACGUUUGCUGUGCUGCUGUGCAUAAUAUUUAUCCUGCAAAUUGGUGUAGGGAUUGCCUCGUACGUCCUGCGCAAGAAUGUGGAGGACUUCCUGCACCAUAACAUGCUGGUCUCCAUGCACAAUUACACAGUAGACCGUCCUGGGAUCUACAAGACUUGGAAUGUCAUUCAGCAUGAACAUGCCUGCUGUGGUACGGAUAAUUACACAGAUUGGAAGGCGACGGCCUUUGGAGAAGCCAUCAAUGGAGUUCCUGAUGCUUGCUGCAAGGAGAACACCAUUGGCUGUGGCAACAAAACAUUUAACAAACUACCUCAACAGCUUACAUACAUCAACCAGGAAGGCUGCUUUGACAAGCUUAAGGGAGAUGCGAAAGAGAAUGUCACCAUCUUGGGAGGAGUGGCCAUAGGCAUUGGAUUUGUCCAGCUGAUUGGUGUGGCGUUUGCCUGCUGUCUUGCCAAAUCCCUGAAGCGACAAUAUGAAACUGUAUAACUUCGUGAGAGUCCCUCUGCCAUUAUAUGAUCAAACAUCAUGCAUAUAUCUGCUCAAACAUCCAAAUUUGGCUCUUUUUCAGUAUUUCCAAUUGUUAAACUAGAGUCAGGCACAUGGUGUUUAGGGAUGGUAUGAUAAUUGUGUACUUGGUUAUGGAUACGCAAUAUCACCAUUAUUUAGUUAAUAUGGAUUUGUUCGAAUGAAGGUAACCAAUGAAAUGUUAGCAAUAUAGACCUUGGUAAUUAUUUGUAAGAAAAAUAAUGUAUUAGUGAUUUUUAUUAGCUUGAGGAUACAGAACUUUGUGGUGGAUCCCCAACUUGGAGUGAUAGCGACUCAUAUCCAUAUAUAAUCAGCAAAUCUUAAUUUUGGCAAGUUCCUGGAUGGGUAUGGCAUAUUGAGAUGUAAUAAUUGCUUCAUUGCCUUACACAUGCUGUACAAAUAUAAGCAUACAUAUGCAACCCAUCUCUUCCCUUCCCUACACGCACACAAAAUGUGCUCGCACCCCACACGCGCGCACGCACCCCACACGCGCGCACGCACCCCAAACGCACGCACGCACCCCCCAUGCACGCACCCCCCAUGCACGCACCCACCCCACACACACACACACACA